GCAAGAGAGAGGGAGAGUCAGGCAGCUGAUCAUCUGUCGACGAGGCCUAGAGCGAAUUUCGCUUUCAACUUCAGAUAAAGGAAGCUGCACAAACAAAAGCAAGCAUGAAAUUUUGUGACCAGUUGUAUCUGUUGCUAUGGAAGAAUUUUAUUAUUCACAAGAGACAAAAGGUUCGGGUUGCGAUUGAGCUUGCCUGGCCACUCCUGCUAUUCUUCAUCCUCAUGUGGGUGCGCACAAGGGGGCUCAAGUUAUAUAUUCAUGAGUGCCACUUUGAUUCCAAGGCCAUGCCGUCAGCAGGCCUCGUUCCCUUUGUCCAGACCACAAUCUGCACCCUGAAUAACACAUGUCACAAAGAAAUGGCCAGAGAAACUGGAUACGAGGAUCGGUACAAUGCCUCACUACUUACGCAGCUAGUUAGGGACGUGGAUGAAAUUGUAAGCAGGCAAAUAACUCCGGACACAAUUGUGACAGUGCAGAACUUGUCAAGAGACCUUGAGUCACUGUCAGCAUUCAUCCGUAAGCUGACGGAUUCAGAUAUCCCUCUAUCAGGCAGGAUAUCCAUGAGCAGAGUUCUAAAACCACUGGAUGAGGUUGCCCUAAAUUUUGAAAAUUUCAACAUCACAAACCACAACUUUUACACAGACCUCUACAAUUCCAGUCUCAGUCUACGAGCUGUGCAGAAGAUUUUCGAUAGGGGGAAAGACGGGAUAGGAACCUACCUCUGCAAAUUGGGUACAGCUCCUUUAUUUGUUACGGACUCGGGAAAUGGUAAGGCCAAGCAUCUGCAACAGCAACUAUGCAAGAUGUCGGAAGAAAGCGGAACAUCGUUCAUGAUAGAGCUGGUCCGGAGCAUCAACUUGUCCAAUGCACUACAUGAGAUAUCUUCUGUGACGAAGCAAAACGGACUCAACUUCAGUGUAUCUGACUGGAAAAAUGCAUUUUCCACAGUGCAGAGCAUUCGAAAAGAGGUAUUUGCGCUGCAAAGCGUUCACAAUGUUAUGAAUGGCUUCCUCAAACGAACCGAGCAACUGUCAGAGCUCCUCAACGGUACCUGGGGCGCCAACGGAACACUGGCACGCGUUGUGCAGUCUGUCGUCUGUGGUCGAAACUCGUCAUCUUUGCUGGACACAGAACACGGUCCUGCGCAGCGCCUCGAGGAAUUUCGACAACAAAUGUCCAAGCAUAUGCAGGCAGAUGGCAGCACUGACGAAGACACUGAGUACAUUUAUGACAAUUCCACUUCCCCUUAUUGUAACUCAGUGUUUCUGCAACUGGAGAGGAAUCAGUUGACCCGUUUUCUGUGGAAGCAAGUGAAACCGUAUGUUCGUGGCAAGAUUCUCUUUGCUCCUGACAACCCUGCAACAAGAAAACUCAUCAACAAGAUCAACGAAACAUUCACUCCGCUCCAGAGAGUGAAAGGAGUCGCUAAAAAAUGGAACGAAGCUAUUUCUCCACGGAUCCAGACCUGGAUGGCAAAUAGGUCGGACACCCUGCAACAUAUUCAGGAGGUAACCAUGUCAGGGGCCAUGGAAGUCCUUUUCAUUGUGGCUGAGCAGCUUGGUGAAGCUCUAGAGGACGCUCCAGACAUUACAGAAUACGUUGAUUCAAUGCAAUGGAUUUUUUCUGACUGGGAUCACUAUUUAGGCCUGCUGAACAAUGCAGCGUUAGAGAUCCAAAAGGGCAUUGAUUGCUUUGAAAUGAACCGUUUCGAAGGAUUCAGAAAUGAGGAAGAACUCAUGCCCAAGGGACUGGGACUUAUGAGAGAGAAUAAGCUGUGGGCUGUCCUAAUAUUUCCUGAACUAAAAGGACUGAAAGAUGACACCUUACCGCCAUUCGUUCGCUACAAGAUUCGCAUGGAUGCUCGCAAGGUUGACUCUACUAAGAAAAUUGAAGACAGGAUAUACCGGCCAGGCCCACGUCGCCGCCCAGCGAUUGACCUCAAGUACAUCACGUACGGCUUUGCCUACCUACAAGACAUUGUGGAGCAUGCCAUCAUUUCACUACACACUGGAUGGGAACGCGAGACCGGUGUAUACCUCCAGCAGUUUCCUUACCCGUGCCACAUCUUCGAUCAGUUCAUCAUGACAAUUGCGGAAUCCUUUCCGAUGUUCAUGGUGCUGUCGUGGGUGUACUCCUUCUCGAUGCUGAUCAAAAGCGUAGUGCGUGAAAAAGAGCUGCGACUGAAAGAAGUUAUGAAAGUUAUGGGUCUCGGGAAUAAUGCGCUCUGGCUCGCUUGGUUCAUCAAUGCGUUUGCCUUCAUGUUCCUGUCCGCUUUGCUUCUCACGUGCAUCCUGAAGUUUGGCAAGGUGUUGGAGCAUUCGGACCCCAUCGUGGUGUUCAUCUUUUUGAUGUGCUACGCUGUGGCCAUCAUUUCCAAGGCAUUCCUGCUGACCACCUUCUUUUCCCGAGCGAAUAUAGCAGCAGCAGCCGGUGGCAUCAUCUUCUUCACAUGUUACCUGCCUUAUCCUUUUGUGAAGCUGUGGAAAGAACGCUUCAAUAUUCAUCACAAGAGUUUUGUUAGCCUGUUACCAAACGUGGCUUUCGGAAUGGGCUGCAGCUACUUGGCCCACUUUGAAGAAGAGGGGAUUGGAGCACAGUGGGAGAAUUUGGCUUCUAGUACUUUACCCCCAGACACGUUCAGCCUUGCUCAUGUCAUGGCACUGUUGCUGCUUGACUGUGUGGUCUACUUUGUGGCUGCGUGGUACAUCGAGAUGGUUUUUCCUGGCCAGUAUGGUGUUCCAAAGCCAUGGUACUUUCUCCUGACGAGAUCUUACUGGUGCGGUGCUUCAUCAAAGUCAAAAUCCAAGUCCAAUUGGCAACUCUGCAAUGGCAACGUAGAAGCAGACGGAAGCAAAGAGGAUUUUGAAGAUGAGCCCACAGACUUGCCUCUGGGCUUGUGCAUACGCAAUCUCACCAAAGUGUAUGCAGGAGCUGACAGAGCAGCUGUAAAUUCAUUGAGUCUCAAUUUCUACGAGGGACAGAUUACUUCCUUCCUUGGCCAUAAUGGAGCUGGAAAAACCACCACAAUAUCUAUCCUGACAGGUCUGUACCCCCCAACAUCUGGAACUGCAGAGAUUUACGGCAUGGACAUCAGAACUGAAAUGGACACCAUACGGCACAGCCUUGGCACAUGUCCACAGUUUAAUGUGCUGUUUGAAAAACUCACUGUAGAUGAGCAUUUGUGGUUCUACGCACGCCUGAAGGGAUUGUCAGGAAGAGCUGCCAGGUCUGAAGCAAAUAAAUUCAUCAAAGAUCUUGCGUUGCAGCACAAGCAGGAUGAAUAUUCCUGUAAUCUUUCUGGUGGGAUGCAACGAAAGCUGUCAAUUGCUGUUGCAUUUGUUGGUGGGAGCCGCACAGUCAUUUUAGAUGAGCCCACCGCCGGUGUUGACCCGUAUGCAAGGCGUUCUAUCUGGGAUCUUCUGCUAAAGUAUAAGUCUGGCCGUACCGUGAUCUUGACGACGCACCACAUGGAUGAAGCAGAUCUACUGGGUGACCGCAUUGCUGUCAUUAAUGAGGGACGACUGCGUUGCUGCGGUUCAUCCUUAUUCCUUAAAACCCGCUUUGGCAGUGGCUACUAUCUGACACUGGUGCGCUCAGCACCUGGGAAGAGCAGCCCACGCAGUCCGAGCGAAAGAUCGUCUAUUCUUUCUGAACCCGUCGCUUCCAAAGAUCAGAUUCUUCCCAAGAAGAGCAGCUUACCAAGAGACACUGAUACGCAUGUGCCAUCAAAUGGAAGAAGAUUAUCAGAGUCACAAGAGGAAAACACAAAAGCACUGUGUGAUUUGAUUCAAAGCCACGUUACGGAUGCGGAACUUGUGGCAGACCGAGGGUCGGACCUCUCGUUUCGUCUUCCAGCAAGUACAGAAACCUACACAUCUCUGGGUCAGCUUUGUGAGGAGCUGGAUAAGAGUUCAUCUCAGCUUGGAAUCAGCAGUUAUGGCAUCUCAGACACCACAUUAGAAGAGGUAUUCUUGAAGGUAACGCAGGUUCAUGAUUCAUCAUUGAAAAAAAGUCAGGAAAGUGAGAAUGCAGACAGUUCAUCAGUUGACCGAUCUACUGCGCUGGACAUUGACGGCCCUCCAAAGUCUAAACUGAGCAAAAUGGUGGAGUCCCUGGGGAUAUGGUGCCUGUCACUCAGGGCACCAAAGAAAGGCAUUUCACCCGACGCUGAGGAAUCAGCAGCAGUGAGACAGCACCUAGCAUCAGAUGGAUUCACUGGAACAGUGCCAGAUAAUGAUCUUCCAGCUCCACCACUGGUAAAAAAGAUGGUAGUGGGUCCCUUACUACACAGGCGUCAGCUUGGUGCCAUGUACCGAAGGCGCUUUGUUCGCAAUACUAGGAACUACAAGGGACUCUUCUGUGAGAUAAUCCUUCCUGCACUCUUUGUUCUACUGGCCCUUCUUUUCACGUUGCUUAUACCACCGCUCGCGGAGGAACCUGCUCUUGAGCUAAACCCCUGGGUGUAUGGACCUCCAAAUUAUGUGUUCUUCAGCAAUGAAGACAGCACAGAUUCAAUGGCAAAGAAAUACAUUGACACGUUAUUGUCACCUCCUGGGCUUGGAUCUCGUUGCGUUUACGGGGAACCUAUAAAGGGGCUGAAAUGCAUGGGUCAGGAUGCUCAGAAUUCAUCACUGCUGCGUGUCCCGUAUGAUCUCAACUCUGCCAACCAGAUAGUGGAAUGCAGUUGUACUUUGGGUUCUCAACGAUGUCCUGCAAAUGCUGGAGGUCCAACUCCUCCAAGCAUCAUCAGUCCAACGACGGACAUCUUGAUGAAUGUCACAGGACGUAACAUUUCAGACUGGAUCGUAAAAACGACGAAGCAGUACCAUAAGCAAAGAUUUGGAGGCUUCAAGUUUGGUGUGAAAAACCCAGCAUCAUUAAAUCUGACGGCAGUUGAAGCCGUGCUUGGCCAACUGAGCUUCCUCGGUAAAUCAUGGAAUGCCUCUGGUGUUGUGAAAACUGUAGGACAUCAUCUGCAGAGAACUCAAGUGAUGAACAAUGCAAAGGUUAUGUUCAACAACAAGGGGUGGGUAUCAUCCGUGGCAUACAUGAACGCCCUCAACAACAUCCUUUUACGCGCACACCUGCCACAGUCAACAGAUCCUAGGUUCUACGGUAUAUCUGUCAUCAACCAUCCCAUGAACUUUACUCAAGACCAGCUUCAAGAUGAACUGCUAAAACGAGGCGGUCUGAGCCUCCUGCAUGCAACAUGUGUCAUCUUUGCCAUGUCAUUUGUGCCAGCAAGCUUUGUCAUGUUCCUGAUCGAGGACAGGGUGUCUGGCUCACAGCACUUGCAGUUCGUCAGCGGUCUGAAACCAUUCCUCUACUGGAUCGGCAGCUACACGUGGGACCUGUGCAACUACAUAAUUCCUGCCUUCCUCUGCGUUUUUAUCUUCAUGGCUUUCAAAGAAGAAGCAUAUGUGUCUCACGACAACAUAGGUGGCCUUAUUCUCCUGCUUCUUCUCUACGGGUGGUCCAGCAUUCCUCUGAUGUAUCCAUCCUCCUUCGUGUUCAGUGUGCCUAGCUCAGCUUUUGUGGCGUUAGCUUGCUGCAACCUAUUCAUCGGCAUCGUUAGCACAGUGUCCACUUAUGUGCUCGAGCUUUUCGACGACGAGGAAUUGCAAUCAAUUGCUCGCAUCCUGCGGAAGGCCUUCCUUGUGUUUCCUCAGUAUUGCCUUGGCAGGGGUCUGAUGGACAUGUUUGCCAAUCACCUCACAGCAGAGGCCUUAGCCCGCUUUGGGCUGCAAACGUUUAAGCACCCGCUUGAGUGGGACUUUUUGGGUCUCAAUCUCGUCAGCCUUGCCUGUCAAGGAGUCGUCUACUUCCUUUUCACGUUGCUGCUGCAGUACCGGUUUUUCAUCAGGCAGCGGCAACCAGUUGUGCCUUUUGACGCGAAGGAAUACAUGGACGAAGAUGUUAGCCAGGAGCGUGACCGGGUCUUGGCUGGGAAUGCCGAUGAUUCCAUUCUCAAAGUAGAAAACCUCACAAAGGUAUACCGAACUGGGCAACUACCAGCGGUGAACCAUUUAUGUGUGGGUGUGCACUCGGGAGAGUGCUUCGGGUUGCUCGGUGUCAAUGGUGCAGGCAAGACAACCACUUUUAAAAUGCUCACCGGCGAUACGGUUGUAACAGGUGGCAACGCCACCAUCUCGGGUUACAGCAUACGGACGCAACUGGACUUUGCCAGGCAGCACAUAGGAUAUUGUCCUCAAUUCGAUGCACUAGAUCCCUUGCUAACAGGCUGGGAGCACCUGGAGUUCUACGCACGACUUCGUGGGGUUCCUGAAAAGCACAUUCGCAAGGUGGCCGACUGGGGCAUUCGCAAGUUAGGCCUUCAGAUAUAUGCUCAUCGCUGCUCUGGAACUUACUCAGGAGGGAACAAACGGAAGCUGAACACUGCCAUUGCUCUUGUUGGAAACCCUCCGUUAGUGUUCCUGGAUGAACCAACAACGGGUAUGGAUCCUAAGGCACGGAGGUUCCUUUGGGACUGUAUCAUUGAUAUUGUCAAGGAUGGCCGUUCGGUUAUUCUUACCUCACACAGCAUGGAGGAGUGUGAAGCUCUGUGUACAAGAUUGGCUAUCAUGGUCAACGGGCAAUUCCGAUGUUUGGGCAGCAUUCAGCACCUCAAGAACAAGUUUGGGUCUGGUUACACCAUGACUCUAAAGGUGGGUGCUGGUGGUCCUGAGCCGGUAGCUCAGUUCAUGGAGAAAGCAUUUGGAGCCGAUCAGGUGGAGCUGCGGGAACAGCACCUGAACCAGAUGGAGUACCAGGUGGCGCAGUCAGUCCCCCUUGCAGUUCUGUUCCGUCAACUUGAGAAGGCACGGUCGUCAGCUGCAUUGGACGAUUAUUCUGUUACGCAGACUACACUUGAUCAGGUGUUCAUCAGUUUUGCCAAGCAGCAAGGUGAUGUGGAGGAAGGAGAGUUACCUGUGAUACCCAUGGGGCCCGUGAUCCCCGACUUGCGCAACUCAACCUUACAACUCUCUCCUGUGAAUCCUCCUGCUGCGGGCUCGGCGGAGGAGCGCCAAUCUUCCAGUCCCCUCCUGCGGAGCAAGAGCGACUCACGAGAUGCGUGCUUGAGAGAAGAACAUGCAACAGUGAGUUGCCAAAUACUCUGUAAGGCUACGUGAGGAUAUUGAACUCUCAAUGUGGUUGAGAGAAACAGACAUUGUGUGAAGCACAGAGUCUCACUUCAGCAUUUCUCGAGCUCCACAAGAUUACCUAACCCCUUUGGUUGUGAUUGCAUAUCGAGUGGCCAGUGUCAUGAGCUGGUUCUCUCCACUGCCCUACUUGGUACGUCUGCGGGUGAAAGGACGUUUGUCUCUGUUUUGUUGAAUCCGUUCAGUGUUUUUGUUUUAUUAUUUUACCCGGUGAAUUGGUUUUCAUGUAAGGUGCGAUGUGUUCCUAAAUAUUAAUUGUGCUUCUGUGGCAGAUACACCUAUGAUAUAUGAGGAUCCCGUCAUGUCCCACAGGAUCCUCACCAGGACGCAGUGGUCUCACUGCCACCACCAGACCAUGGCCCACUAGAUCAUACCGACCAAUACCAACCAUGUCAUAAUUGGCAACUCCUAUGCAGGAGCACGUCCACACGAUCCGCUGGGGGCACUACACACCGGCUCGUGAUAGGAUGCCUGAAUAGUAGCUCCCUCUGUUUAAGGUGGAGUUACCCUUUGCAGAAGCAAACACUGCAAAGUCGCCAUUUUGAAGCCCAUCCUCACCAUGCAUGAAUGGUGUGUUCCAAUUUCACCCACUUUUUCGAACCUCCUCUCCUAUGUAUUUACUCAACUCCAAAAUGUAGUGUGCAGCUAAGCAUGUUGCUACACUUUUGUAAGCGCAUCGUGAGCCGUGCGUGGGCGUCAAGGUGGCAGAAAUCCGUAGCAGACGAGUCGUCUUCACCCUACACAGAGGGAGCUAGCAUUCAGGCACCCUAGCUCGUGAGAUCUCCAUCAUGAUUGGAUAAUGCAAAUUUGAAUUUUGAACCUGCAGAAGAGCAUAGCAGACGCCAUAGCAAGAGCACCAUAGCAGACGACAGCAUCAGCUCCCAUGAAAAUGUGUAGAAUGAUUAUGACGAUCAAUUUAAAGCUUUAGCAAGAAUGCAUCUGGGACAUGCACUGCUUGUGCAGAAAUUCUAAAGUCAGCUGAAGUACCAGGUAAUACAGCAAAUGAGGAAGCAAUAAAUGGGCCGAUGAGGAGUGACACCACUACUUUCCAAAUGUGGUGCUGGGAAGGGGUGCAAAUGAUAUGGUCGCUAUGAUCUAGUAGGCCGUGCACCAGACAACACAGCACAUUUCUUUAAAUUUUGUAUAUGAGUGAAAGUUUCUGCCAGUUUCUGUGUGUUAAAUUGUGUUGCUCACUCUAGAAUCGUUCAGCGUCCUUCUCCUCUUGUGACAUUCCCCUAAAAGUAUUCUUUCUCACUCACCCCCAAACCCACCAUUCCGCUGUUGUUACGAAGCAGCUGAGUUCAUUUUGCCUGAUUUACCUGAUCUAGUCGAACAUCGUCGGUGAUAAGGUAUUUAAACCAAGCAGGAACCCACCCCAUAUCCCACUCUGUGAUUUUAAUGUUGACUUCAUGAUAGUCUGCUAUUGGGGUUGGUGGGUAUUAGCAGCGUGCGACUCUCUACGCAAGCAUCUUGAAAUAAGUCCCGGCAACUGCUGUGCCCUGCACAGUUGCGGUUGAGAAGAAGUUGCCUGAGGUAGCCUCAUCCAGAUAGAAGUGACAGUCCACACGUGUGUUCGUAUUCCAUCCUGACAUGUUGUCCCGACCCUGCUUUUGCGAAGUCUGCACCAGAAGCUGCACAAUUUGUGCAAUGCCCCACGCUUAUUAAACGACCUGAGCGGAGUGUCUAGGGUACAUUGAUUACCAGACCAUACAAUUUUUGUGGUAGCGCAGGAGAAUCGUAACAGCUUAAGAUGCUUUGUAGUUACUGUAUUUUCUGGUGUAUGAUGUGCAACCCCCCAAAAUUUAUAGAAUUUGUAACGUCCGAUGUGUAACUAGCUCCACAAUAUGAAAUUACCGGUGCUGAUAGUGCCCCGAAACUGUAAACCUCACAUCAUUGUUAGCAUCCACAGUAAUCAAAGCUUGGAAUGACUACUUUCUAUUAUGUCUAUGGUGAACAUGAUGUUUACUUGAAACCAUCAAAAUCCCAUCUGACAAAUGGCUGUGUAGUAGACGUUCUCCUCACCACUUUUAGUCUCACAUUAAAUGAUUUCAGGAUUACUAACACCUCCCAACCGAGUCCCGUGCUUCCUAGACUCACUUCGCUACCUUGGUGUACGUUACACGUUGCCUAUGUCUGCUCUACGUGUACUCGUGCUUGCCGUCCAUCAUCCAGUUUCCCGAAAAACGGUACGCACAAAAAACUGCAAACAACUUCUUAGAAAAACUGCACGAUGACUUCUUAGGAACUGCACUUCCAGGAGAAACUAAUGCGCACUGAUGGAUAGCACACACUGCCUCUUCGCAUUACCUUUUACUAUGUGUAACAUGCACAUUAUACAGCAGAAAGUAUAGUACUUGCGAAUAUUCUGUGAUGAGCAUUCAACCUGGUUCAACAGUGGUUAGUGCUACUACCAUCCAUGAAGUUGAAUUUCAUGAGCUCACAAAAUUUUGUUUGUCAUCAUUUUUGUGUUCCUGUUGUUUUGUGUUCCAUUAAGUGUUUACAGUUGAUACAGCUUUCCUUUUCUGACAUAAGACCACCGUGAGAAAGUCACGGACACAGCCUACAAUUUACACAGAUGCACAGCACAUGAUACAUGUCGUGACCAUGUUACUCUUACUUUCCUGUCAUACCCACACUGACUCCUCACAGAGAUGCCGGAUGAAGUAUGACAGGGAACCAAUGCAGGAAAACCGUGCAUGGGCACCAGUAAGCAGGUGCACAGUGCAAAGGCCUCAUGACAGGGGAGGCAUCAGGGAAGGAAGCUAUGCCCCGUCCAAGAAAAAUAUGGGUUGUUCCUAUGUGGGCUCUGAUAGAGUACAUAGAAAUAUACAUAUGUAGUAUGAUCUGGCCAAUCGCACCAUCUGACAUCAUAUCAAUUGGGUUUCGUCAUGGUAAAGAAUAGUUGAAAACAUGCGAAGGUAUGUACAAGUUUAUCCUUGCAAGGACUGUUCGAACAAAAUCUACUUGUGCCACAAGAUUAUUUCUAAUCCUGCUCAAGUAUUCCCUGUAGGUUACAGUACUAUUGUUGUCACUUCAUCUGCGUAUGUGAAUGAUAUAAUGUGGCUUUUUAUUGAUCGUUUUUUUAAACGUGUUUAUCUCUCUUGAUUAUGCAUGUCAGCAUAUAGGCCUCCAUCUGUAGUGUGCGGUCACUUUGUUCCUAUUGAAUUCUGUGUUGAGCGAAGGAGCGAUACAUAUUUACAUCACCAUGUAUUUUUAUAGCCGUGUGCAAAUAUGAGGAAGUAAUUUUGAAUGCUACAGUGUCCAGCACAUCAUACCUUGACCAUAUGCACAGAUAUACUAGUAUAAAUAAUUUGGUUGGUCCAGAUACCGCUCUGAUCAUUCAAAAUUAUUUCACAGAAACUGGUAUUAAUGGAAAACGGGACAUAUUUGCGCAUUGCUAGUACACGUAUUCUCUUUCCGUGUUAUGUUUCUCUUUUGUGUUAUUUUCCUUUUGCAUUGUGCAGGAGCGUGACAUGCUUCUUUCCUCAAAGGUAGAGAAGACUUUUAGGCACUCUCUGAAAGAUGCAUGUAACAGUAGAUAGAUGACACUAGGUGCCUAUUGAUUCAUAUUUCCGAGAAGCUCUAAAUACAUCGACCAACAACAGCCAAAAAUAUACCUAUAUAUUUUAGAAAACUUCCUAUAGCUACGCAUUGCUCUAAACUAGCAUUUAAAGCAUUGUGAAUGGAGUUACGCUUAUCAUAGAUUUUUGGCAUCCAGACAAAAUUCUGCAAGCAAUCAUGGAGUGGAGUGACAUUCUUGAGCCGUCAGCUAAAGCGCACUCAGCCUGUGCCGCUAAAUCCAGCCCUUCAGUUCAUAAUUGAAUCGGAAGUGCGGGAGGAUUUCUUUUUUUUUUUUUUGCUGCGGGUGUCAGUGUAGUACUGGGUCUCUUUGCAUAGUUGCUAUAGUGUCUUUAUUUUCCACUUGCUUUGAAACCACAAGGGGGCACUCACCCAAAAUAUUUUGGGGAAAAUGUGCUUGUCCUCAGGAAUCCCAUUAAUCUAUUUAAUUGCUGCGUGUGAAACAUUUCUGUGCUCGGGCAUUGAUUGCACUAAGGUAUGGAAAUUGUAGUGUGAGACAUUCCCCUCAGUUUACUGGUCAGUAUAUCAAGUUUCUGUGGCUUCCCAUUUUUUAACCAGCUGAGCCUCUGUUGCAGUUCCUUUUCUUUUUGAACCCAAAUUACAAUGUACUGUGUAGGAAACAUCAAUGAAAGUGUCUGCAGGAGGUCAGCAAUAAGGAAUGUCCACUGUUUCAGGAUUCUUGCUUUAUUUUGUAUACACAUGCUGUGACAUGGAAUGUUACAAUAUCACAUGACUGCUUGAAAAAGUGCUCUCAAAACGCAAUCUCAAAGGUAAAUCAUAAGGUGUGUGUAUGCUCCCAUUUUAGUGCACGUUUACUUCAGUGUGUUACCAAUAGUAGCAUUUCCUGUAAUAUUCCCGUUUUAUUUCUGUAACCAUCGAGUUUCACCUUGGGUGUGUCAGUUUCAUCUAUGAGAUCUGUGUGCAUUUGAAGAAUGUUACUCUCUAAAGACAGCUCCAUCACUGUAACUUUGCCCAAACUCUGUUACAUACAUAAAAGCAAUAGGUAGCACUUUGUAACCAGUCACAGUAGGCAUUCUGGCAUAUAUUAUGCAUCCAUUAGUUUCGGUAACAUUCCCAGUAUGUGAUGAGAAUGAUGAAUAAGUGCAUUGAGGACUGUUUAGUGAAAUAUACACUCUAGCUGUUUA